AUGUAUGUGGCAACAUCGAUUGAUCUUACGUUCCGAGUGCGCGCACGUGAGACCAAACAGAAAAAAAGCCGGAAGACUUCACUGGAGUCACCGGGUAGGCCCGACUCACUGCGGCAGGCAUAUUAUGGAGGCGGCAAUGAUGAUGGUGAUGGUGAUGACGAUGACGACGGUGACGACGACGACGACGGCGGCGGUGGCAACAUUGAUGAUGUUGAGAAGGAAGGAGAUAAAACAGAGAAUUGCGGAAUUCGCACUUCCCGCAGACAACCACGAAGCAGCAGCAAUAACAAUCAUAAUAACAACAACAACAACGACUGGAACAACUACUACAACCGAACCACAAUCCACCACCAGCGAGAAGCACAACCCGAGCUGGAAAGCGGCGAACCGGACGGACCGAACAGGAAUCCCAAGAUAAUGCACGGUGUUCCGACUCUCGAAGGCCAGUAUCCGUGGCAGGUUUCGCUGGAAUUACUACAUCCGUCGUACGGAUUCAUCGGUCACUGGUGCGGUGGCGUUUUGAUUGACCGUAACUGGGUCCUUUCGGCGGCGCACUGCAUCCACAACGACCUGUUCAAUUUGCCUCUGCCAGCAUUGUGGACCGUGGUACUAGGGGAAUACGACCGGUCCUACGAGUCUGGAUACGAACAGCGAAUCCCGGUCGAUAAAAUAGUUCUACACGAAAAGUAUCACAAUUUUAAGCAUGACCUUGUGCUUCUUAAAUUAAAUAGACCGGCCAACUUGGCACCGGACGCGCGUGUCAAAAAAAUAUGCCUACCAUUCGCGGACAUCAAAGUCAACAGCGUAACGUACGAUCCGCGACCGGAACUGGACCGCGCGAAUACCAAAGCCAACGGUGGCACGCUGUUCUUCUACGACUAUCUAGGUCGGCCACCGGAUUCCGAAGGUGGGAAAACCACCGAGAACCCCGCGUACGGCGAAAGCGAAGGUGAAGUGGGCACGGAAGCCAGCUUCCCGGAAUCACUCCCGGAACGGGACGAUAACUACCUGCGCCGGUUACGACUGCUAGGCGAAAGUCCCGAUCGGCCGCGCACCGCACGGGUUGUCGUAAAUCGAUUGGUGCGGCAACAAUUGCACCGAAAAAGCAACUCUACCACAUCCAGAAGGUCGUACCGUAGGGGGCGACGGAUGUACUCAACGUCUGAUUCUGAUGAAGAGGAUGAUGACGAUGACGGUGACGACGGUGGAAAUGACACCGAUGGGAAUCGUCGAGGGACCCGACACGGUGCCAAACGACGGCGGAACGAUAAAUUUGCCCACGGUGGUUUCUACCGAAACGAUCACUAUCGGAACGAGUUUGGUGAGGACAAUAGCAGCAGCAGCAGUAGCGGAGGAAUCAGUGCCAUUCCCGAUACGACCCAGUACGUGGACUGCCUGGCAACAGGUUGGGGCAAAUCGACAAUCGAUGAUGAAUUAACUGACAUCCUGCUGCAGACGAAGGCCCCCAUCCAGAACAGUAAAAAAUGUGAAAAGGCGUACGGAGAUUUCAUCAAACUACAUCGUGGCCAUCUCUGCGCGGGUAAUCUUGAUGGGACCGGCGGAACUUGUGUGGGUGACUCCGGUGGCCCGCUGCAGUGCCGCAUUACCAAACAUGGCCCCUGGAUUCUAGUCGGAAUAACAUCGUUCGGGUCGGGAUGUGCCUUCAAGAACUACCCGGACGUGUACACCAAGAUCUCGUUCUACCGCCAAUGGAUUAUGGACACGAUUCAUAACAACUGAGCCGCCACCGCCACGGAACAGUGCAGCAGCAGUACCCGUGUAGAAGGAAUCGAACCGAAACAAUCGCCGAACGGUUGGCUGUUACUGGCAUUACCGCCGCCAAAUGGAGAAUGGUCGGCAGUCGGCCCCGAAAGCAAAAGACAAAAUAAAAAUUGUGAUAUUACUUUUUAGACGAAGGAAGGGUGCUGUUUCGGAACGAUCGGUCGCAGGUUGAAUUGAAGGAUUUUCGGAAGUACUUCAUAUCUCAGAAACAAACGGACGAAUUUCCAUUUAAUUUUUACUGGGAGCACAAUCAAAUAAAAGCGGUUACUCUCUCUGGUACCAUAGCCGUUUUUGGCUUGUGGCAACCGUGGACCGGGUGGAAAAGCUAACCUAAUGCCAUAAGCUUCCCGUAACAUGCCACGCUAUACCAACAGUAAUCAGCAAAGCCCGGCUCUGUUUCAAUUCGCUCUCGUAUUCACUUGUGUUUAUACUUUUUUUACUGCUCUCUUUUUUUCUCUCUUCCCACCCCGAACGGAAACUGUUUUACAAGCCGCGGUUUUAGCAUGCUGUACCGAUCCACCACCCGUUCCAACGUUCAGUAUGUAGUAUGUACUUCUUUUUCUGUUGACAGUUACCACUGGUUGUUAGACUGGACGUUCAUUUGUUUUUAUUGCUUUUUUACGCUUCGUACUCGUUCGAAAUUAUUUGUUUGUUAUUCGUAGUUAUUAAUUUCUGUGGAGAAAAACUCAUAAAACCAUAUGCGCUUUGGCGACUAGAUGAGUAGCCCGAGAAUGUUAAUUGGUGCAGGAUGAGAGUUUAGUUUAUUAUCAUAGAAUUUUUGUAACUUGUCUGAAGGUAAUCAGUUCUGGGAGCUAGAAUGAAUGAAUUUGUAUGACAGGGGAAUCUAGGAACGACUUGUACA